GCGAUGACAUUCGCGAGGAGCCCGCGAGCGGCGGCGCGGGAGGAGAAGAAGAAGAAGGAGGAGGAGGAGGAUGGUUGCUGAGGCCGGGAGGAGACGCCCCGUAAUGUCACCAUGAUGUCUCAUGUAAGUGAAAUGUGGUGCUAUCACUGGAAAUGGAAGUUGCAGCACUGUCUCUGCUUAUUUACCACGUAUAUCUUUUAUAUGCAGCAAGCAGCGCAUGGAUGCUAUGACUGUAGGAUCGUGCUAACUGACCCGUCUGGAGUUUUCACUUCUCCAUGCUUCCCCAGUGAUUAUCCUAACAGCCAAGCAUGCAAGUGGAUCAUCCGAGCACCUCAUGGAUUCAUCAUACAGCUAACAUUUAUUGAUUUUGACAUUGAAGAAGCUCCAGGCUGCAUUUAUGAUUCACUAACAUUAGACAAUGGAGAAAGCCCAAUGAACCUUUGUGGCAUCACUGCCAAAGGAUUAUCCUAUAACUCUACUGGAAAUGAAAUGAUUGUGUCAUUUAAAAGUGACUUCAGUAUCCAAAAGAAAGGUUUUAAUGCCAGCUAUGUACGAAUUGCUGUGUCUCUGAGGAAUCAGAAAGUCAUCAUUCCCCAGGUUCCUGAUGUUGAUGCUGUGUCCGUGGCAGAGACUGUCUCAGUGCCAGAGCUCAGCCAGUUUACGCUGUGCUUCGAAGCAACCAAGGGCAGCAAUGAUGACAAUGAUGACUGGAAGGUUUUCUCCUACACCGAUGCAUUGUCAAAAGAAUUCUUCAGCUUUGGGAAGACCACAAAAGGCCAUUUUCUGUCCAUCUCAGGCACCCAGUGCAUCCUUGAGAAUGCAUUGCCCCGAAAUGCAGAGUUUUUCACGGGAACUUUUCAACAGCUCUGUGUCAUAGGGGAUAGCUUCUCGGGCAGCAUAGGUAUAUAUGCCAAAAGCACCUAUCAUAUAGUGUACUGUCCAGGUAUGUUUGGCAAAGUUAUCCCUGGAAACGGCAGGCUGGUGCUGGGCUCUAACAGCAAUGAAGUGAGCUCUCUAAAUGGGGACAUUUACAACUUCCGCCUCUGGAAUUUCACCAUGAAUGCACAAACACUGGCCAACCUCAGCUGUGAUGUGAAAGGAAACAUUGUAGACUGGGAAAAUGAAUUCUGGAGUAUUCCAACUUCAGCACUGAAAGCAGAAAACAAUUUGAGUUGUGGCUCAUACCUAAUUCCCUCUUCCACAAUUGAACCAACCAGUUGUGCAAACCUGGGAAGCCUUUGCCAAGCUACUGUAAAUGCUACUACUCCUACACCACCCACUGUCACCACUAACAUGCCUGAUACUAAUAGAAACGAUAAGCCAAACAAUGGUGGGCUAUUCUACAGGAUAUCUAUAGUUGUCUUUAGUUCCAACUCUGAUGCUACGUUGAAAGUACAUGAUGUGGUUGCAGAAUGGCUAAACCGUACUUUCCAGAACUGGAAUUACACUGUGUAUGUGGUCAAUAUCAGCAUCCACCCUGGCUCCAUAAAAGAGGGAACAAGGGAAAAAAGAAGUAUUAAAAGUUUUGGGGUUUUGGCUCUUCUGGUUUAUAAUUCUACCAACAACAUCAAUUUAGAAGAGGAAGACAUCCGACAGAAACUCAUAAGUAAUAAUGGGACCAUGGAAGGAGGAUAUAAGAUUCAUACUGUGGAUGUUGAUCCAGUGGAAAAAUGUUUAGCAGAAGAAAACCCUCCAAACUAUUUUUGGCCAGAUACCAGACCAACUGUGACCAACUUCACAUUAUGCCAUGGGAGCUCUGUUCAGACUGCAUCAAGGACCUGCUAUUUGGGUCUGCAGAAUUAUACAUCAUACUGGGGCCAGCCUGAUCUUAGAAAUUGCACAGAAAAUGCAGCUGAUAUAGCCAAUCAGCUUCUGAAUCUCACUGGCGAAGGGCAGCAGCUAACCUCAGACAAAGUAAAUGAUGUUGUGCAGAAGCUCAAAAAAAUUGUGAAUGAUGAAGAAAUUGAUGAAUCUCUGGGUUCUACCGUGGUGACAAUUUUUUCCAAUAUUCUAACCAGUUCAGACAGUGUACUGGCAGCAUCAUCCUCAGAAGCUCUAAAAACUAUUGAUGCCUUGGCUUUAAAGAUCCAGUUCACUGGACCAUCCAUGAGUAUUUCAACACGAAACCUCGCACUUGGAGUGUCUUCUAUAAAUUCGACUUCAUUCAGAGGUGGUUCUUUCAGUGUUAGUCCACAGAAUAAUGCGUCUGAUUUCCAGAUAGAUUUUGACAAAGAUCAGACAAAUGCCAUUGCUUCUGUUGUUCUGCCACCAAGUUUACUGAAGAAUUUAAGUCAAGAUGAGUUUGAAGUUAUAUCCAGGGCUCAGUUUACUUUCUUCAAUAAAAAUGGUCUUUUUCAGGAUGCAGAAAAUCCUGCUGAUUUGACCAGUUUUGUGGUGGCAUGCAGUAUUGGAAAUACAACCAUUCAGGAUCUUCAGGAUUAUGUGAAGGUUACAAUUAAGCAUACCAAAAUUCAGGAAGACCCUAAGCCUACCUGCGUCUUCUGGGAUAUGAACAAAAAUGGUGGCAGUGGUGGCUGGAACCCUGAGGGCUGCCAGGUGGACACAGAAUCCAAUGAAAAUGAGACGGUUUGCUUAUGCAAUCACCUCACACACUUUGGGGUCCUAAUGGAUCUUCAGAGAACCGUUACACAAUUAGACCCACAGAAUACGAAGGUCCUCACCUUUAUCACUUACAUAGGCUGUGGGAUAUCUGCUAUAUUUUCAGCUGCAACUCUUUUGACAUACAUUGCAUUUGAGAAGUUGCGAAGAGAUUACCCGUCCAAAAUCCUGAUGAACUUGAGCACAGCCCUGCUCUUUCUUAACCUGAUCUUCUUACUUGAUGGUUGGAUUGCAUCCUUUGACAUCGAUGGCCUCUGCAUAGCUGUAGCUGCACUUUUGCACUUUUUUCUUCUGGCCACCUUUACAUGGAUGGGACUGGAAGCUGUUCACAUGUACAUUGCUCUGGUGAAAGUGUUCAACACGUAUAUACGGCGAUACAUACUGAAGUUUUGCAUCAUUGGCUGGGGUUUGCCAGCUCUGGUGAUAUCAAUUGUUUUUGCAAGUGCUAAUACAAAUGCAAGUCAUAUAUAUGGCAAACAGUUAUAUGGCAAAGAUGCUAAUGGACAAGGAGGAGACGACUUCUGCUGGAUCAAGAAUAAUGUUGUCUUUUAUGUGACUUGUGCUGGAUACUUUGGAAUCAUGUUUCUGAUGAAUGUUGCCAUGUUUAUUGUGGUGAUGGUGCAGAUCUGUGGGAGGAAUGGGAAAAGAACUAAUCGGAGCCUGAAGGAAGAGAUCCUGAGGAACCUCCGUAGUGUGGUCAGCCUGACCUUCCUCUUGGGCAUGACAUGGGGCUUUGCCUUUUUUGCCUGGGGUCCCUUAACUCUUCCUUUCCUGUACCUCUUCUCGAUUUUCAAUUCACUGCAAGGUUUGUUUAUAUUUGUAUUCCAUUGUGCAAUGAAAGAAAACGUGCAGAAGCAAUGGAGGAGACAUCUUUGUUGUGGCAGAUUCCGACUGGCAGACAAUUCAGAUUGGAGCAAGACAGCCACCAAUAUUAUAAAGAAGAGUUCUGAUAAUCUUGGGAAAUCCUUAUCCUCUAGUUCCAUUGGCUCCAAUUCAACCUACUUAACAUCCAAAUCAAAAUCUACAACGAAUACAUACUGCAAACGAAACAGCCAUACAGAUAAUGUCUUCUAAGCCCUUUCUUCAUCAGUGGUGGAGCAUUACAGAGAAUGUUUAUCUUGACAAGCCAUCUUCAAAAUUUGCCCAAGAGGAUGGAGAACAGACAUCAAUUAUCCCUGUCCACCAGGUUAUUGACAAGGUCAAGGGAUACUGUAAUCCUCACUCCGACAACUUCUAUAAAAAUAUCAUCAUGUCCGACACAUUUAGUCACAGCACAAAGUUCUAACUGGGCUUCCGAAUUUCUUAAGCUGAAGGAAGACAGAAAGUCUUUUCCGAACUGACAGUAUUGGAUGUCAUAAAAUGUGACCUGUUUAGUUAUUUUUUCCCAGUUCAUACCAUUCUCCUGUUAACAGCUCCCACUCAAGGACUGAUUUCUCUACCUUUUUACUGUUGUGGAAACAGGCAAUUUUUCCACUAUGGUAUUGAGCUGUUUUUAAAUGUGUGCCAGCCAACAUGAUGCCUGGACAGCUAAUUGUAAUCCUGUGUAAAUAUUUUUUAAGACUGAAGAGCCACAAGCCUAUCUCUAAAUUAUAUAGUCCAGACAGAAGUGAGUCUUAACUCCUGGUGAAAAUAACAGACAUGACACGCAGUACAGGAAAGCUCUUAUUGAACAGUUUACUGAUGGUCUUUUUCUGUUGAAAAACACGUAUUUUUCCCUAUGACACUUGUUAGGUUCUUGCUUCUUGACUGUCUAGUGCUGUCUGUUCUUUAUUCAUAAGUGAAAACCUAUACCACCAGUGUUAAAAGGUUAUUUAAACCAUUUUUCACUAAAUAGACCUAAUCAUGCAAAUCUUGCUUACCAAAAGAGUAUAUGCUGUAAAUUCAGGCUAUUUUAUAUCCAUGUACAAAGAAACACACAUAUUACAUAGAUGUGCUGACUGAGAAGGCAUGGAGGUCAUUAGUAACUUUUGCAGAUUUUAAGCCCAUUGAUAUAUAUGGAAACACAGUCAUAUGUAUCAUUUGCAUCUGUGCGCAACAAAUGCACAGGUAAAUCCAAAGUUUACACAAAGUCAUGUUUCAACAUUUAUUGAUUGAUAUGUUUAAAACGAGGAAUCUUCAGUCACAAUUCUAUGUUUAAUAUUCUUUUUCACUAAACAAAAUAGAAGACAUGCAGCUAUAUUUAGAUGUAUAAAUAUGUAUGUAGGACUCUCUCCACACGUUUUUAUAAUGUACACGGUAAAUAUGACAGGAAACCACAAUGUGUACCACAAUCUAAGAAAAAUGAACGGUGCUAAAACUUAAGUAUUUAAAUGCAAGAUUAAUACUUUGUAAAUCCAUGGGUUCAUUUGUCAGUCUCUGUACUUUAGAUAUACUGUAUGUAUAGACACCUCCAUCAGAUGGCAUUGCAACAUUAGAAUAACCUGGAAUACCUUUACCAGUAAUAAAUAAAUAACAUCUUUCCGGGCACAUAAUAGUAUCAGUAUCAGUAUUCCUCUCCUGGCCCUCUGUUGAUUGACUUGAUUGAGGUUGUUGAGCCACAGAGUUUAAACAGCAUUUAGGCAACAUUAGGGAAUUUCACAUAGCUAUACCGUGUGCACAGUGACAUUAAGUUGUAUGUGUACAGAGAACAGACAAGAACAUAAAAUGCUUACUUGUUUGAAUCUCUGUAAAUGUGUGACACAUUAACAUGUGGCUAUGACUGCCAGAAGUGCAUCUCUCCUCAUAAAGCAUGUCUUGCCCCAUGACAGGUUUUAUAAGAAUUGUAACUGCACGUUGCUGAACAAAUAGGCCAAAACAGCAAAGGUAUUUUUAAAUACUGUUUUCAGAGCAGAAUGUUUCCUCAUGGAAAUUUUCAUUUUUGAAAAGGCUUUUCUUUUUUUUUUUUUAACCAAAAUAUUUUUAGCCAGGUAUUUAUUUAUAGUAUUCAGAAGGGACCAGAAAGUUAUGCUGAGAUCUUUCAGUUGCCAAACAAGUGGAUGUUCAGUGAUUAGGGAUGUGGAUUUGUGCCUCUCUUUGCUCUUUGCAUGAGAUCGCUUAAUGCUGUGAUCAUGUGCAGAGAUCAUUUAAUGCUGUGAUCGCACAAAUGGUGUAUUUUCCCUGGCUGCAAACCCCUGGUGGGAGGAAGAUGCCCUGAUGGUAUUCUGUCCAGAAAGACCGCAGUCCCUACAUGGACCAUAAUGACCUCAGUCUCAUAACUGCAAAUACUUACAUGGUGGUUUGAAUGAAAGUCAACCUGAUUGAUUAACUUAAAAUCGAAUUAUUAACAGAGAUGAGUGUUGUCAGAUCAUCUUUAGUAAGGGAAAUGAUUUAGGGAGAGAUUAUGUACAAGCAUUUACUGAACUUAUAUUUAUCAUCCCACUUGCUUACCUACUGUAGAUAUAGUGUUCACGUAGCAGCUUACUGUGAGAUUUCUACCUGAUUAAGGUGUUCAGAAGUGAAAAGAAGGGUAACCGAACAUUCCUGAAAAAAUGAGGAAUCAGUAAAAUGUAACAGAUUAGUAAAAUAUAAAUAAAAAGCAAACACCAUAUCCUGACUGAAGCUGAGCUGUAACCUAUUAGUUUAAUGUAUAGCUACCUAUAUUUUUGCUGAAUUAAGAUUUUUUCUCUUUUUUUUUUUUACUACCAUGUAGUAAUCUUAAGCUGUGUCAGUUAGAUGCUCUUGAAUGCUCUCAGUUCUACAAUGUAAUAUUCUACUUUGUAGUUGACAUGCUGUAACCUCCCCUGUAUAUAUUUAUUUAUUUGUGAGGUUAAAUAUGUCAAAUAUAUUUAGCUCUAUAAUGACUGUUCUUGUAUGUUAAAACUGAGCUUCUGCUUCCUCAUAGAAGAAGAGGGAAAGAAUAAUUUCUUAUAUAUGUUUUUUCCAAACACCUUGUGAAACAAUUUACUGUAGUUCUAUCUUUUAUAAGUGUGAGGAAACAUGUCAGUGUAAUUUGUAAUACUAGUCAGUGGAAUAUAGUGUAACAGGUUUGAAGACGGACUAAAGUGGAAAGAAAUAUUUUCAAGUAAACAUUCUUGAUGUUAGUGUUCCAAGUAAUUAAAGUCUUUUAAUAGUGAA